CAAUACUGUCUCAGAAUUUCUUUUCAGUGAAGGGCUACCUUAAAGUUUUCAUAAUAGCUUAGAUCUACUAUAUAUAAAGCGAAAGCAGAGCUUCGCGUUAUACAUCCGAAGAGAUCUAGAGCAGACGAGCUAGACUACUUUCUCGGACAUUACGAUUAAAGUUCUUCGAAUUAUUGAACGCGUACUUUUCAAGCCAGUCACUGAAACGUAAAGAGAAACAGGACUGAAACUCAUUUAACACUUUGUUUCAUGGCAGUUGCGCUUUUACUGGGUACAUCUGGUGAGCUGCUUCGGGGGUUGUGUUUAGAACAUCAUUUUAAAUCCCCUACUGACAACACAACAGAACCAUCCACUUUUGAGGCAACGACAGUGAGCGUAAAGGCGACACAAAAAGCUCAGGCAACAAAGACAGCAAUGCCUCCCACAAAUGAGUUGGCUGUGAUGAGGUCCUCGUCGGUGUCCCCAGUUCCUGUCGAUGUAAGGAACGUAGAAGAUCCCAGGACGUCCGAUAAAGACCCGUUUGACAUUACAAUCACACUCGAUGACUUCGACAACAGCUGUGAGACCUACUUCAGUUUCCGGGACACAAGCCCGUCUCCACGUUCCGUCAUCCCAGAGGCUUCACCGGCGUUUAGGCAAGCGUUGGGAAAAAUGAAAGCUGAGACGGACGAUAAUAUUGAUUCAUCUCCCUCCCCUUCCUCCUCUAUGUCGCCUCCCUCACAACAAGCCUUGUCCAGUUCAUCUUCAUCAUCAAAGAAGCAGAAAGGAGCCCUCUCAUCGUCCCAAAGCGGGAAAAAUUCAUCUUCACAGAGAAAUUCGACAACUACCUUCUCAAUUUCAUCCCCAAGAAAACUGGACAGUGAUUCGAGUCUACGCCCCUUCUCCAACCCGUCCUCAAAACGUCCAGACAACAGACGACCAGCCUCUUUUGGGGGAGCUGAUGGGGUCAAGCCACGUCCUGGCAGACGAUCGAGUCACCACGAGAAACACGUGAGCUGGGCGGACGAGAGAGGCUCUGACCAUCAACUCAUCAACGUCCGACUAAUCAGACCCAGAAUCGCCAUGGACGCCAGUACAGGCGUGAAGAGUGUGCCGGGACAAUCGAUUCUCAGGAACACAGGAACCAGCUAAAUGCUUCUCCAUCUUUCAUAUGCCUGACAAUUACAAAGUCACUAGACUCUGAUACUGACAAGUAAGCAGGAAGUCCAGUCGACGAUCACUGCGCGGUAAGAUACUGUUACUCUGGAACCCACUGCCUCCUGAUUGACCUAAUCUGCGUCAAUGGGGGCGUAAAACUUUUACAAUCGUUACUCAGGGCACUAGCUGAUGUGGUAUAAGACGUAUAUGUGUGUGUCCGGUAAUGUACUGACCAAAGGACGGAGAGAUAUAAAUAUCUAGACUGAACUGUUUCUGUAAAAUUGCGGAAUGGAAAGGGCUUUAUGGUAAUGGUCUACUUGAAGUCUCCCUUCACAAAGUAAGUUAAAAUCUUCUUUCGAGCCUGACUAGCCCACAUACUGGCCCCAGAUAGAGUGGAGACUUUAGACAUGGGGGAAAUAGGUCAAGUAAGUUCCGAAUGGAGACCUCAAGUAAAACUUUACCAACAUAACCGUGACCAAAGAAGAGGACUUCUUCUGUCAAGUCUCGUUUCUGAAUGCAGCACUCCACGGCCUACCUCAGACAAAUCAUUGCUCCUUGUGAACACACCGUGCUGUGUUCAGAAAUCUGUGUGGCUUUAUAAAAGAAAUCAAAACACAAGUAAUAUUAUAUUCUUCCAAAAAUUGAAUUCAGUUGGUUUCAAAGGAAUAUUUUUGGUCCGAAUAAGUAUCAGUUUUUGUCCACUCAUAAAUAAAUAUACACAAAACAGAAAUGAAGCUGGAUAUACAUUAAUCAAGGACAAUUUGAUGCGCUAUCUGUAAAUAUCAUAGGCUCUUUUAUGAGCCAGAAAAUGUGGGACAAUAAUUCUUGCUAUAGAAGCAAACCCCAUCCCGUCCUCCUCCCUACCUAUGUACCAAAUCUGUUCCAUCUUCAAUGGAGAAAAGCCUGUACUGUACAUAUUAUACCCUUGAUGAAUAGUCAAGAUGCCAUGCCAUACCUUUACAAACAAUACAAAUGUGUUCUGAUUGUGUUCAUGAAACUUGCAAUUAUAUAUGUCAGAUAUUGUCAAUCAGUAAGUGAACGAUCAACUUUACGUUAUGUUAGAAUAAUAGUUCUAUUUGCAAUUUCCAAAUCUUUCCCAUUUCGUGAACACUGUGCGCAGAUUUCGUUUCAUUAUUUAUUCAUCUAUUUAUUUACUUUUUGCCACAUGACUCUACGGAUUGUGUCAAUGGCAAAGAGACUUGUAAAUAUUAUGAAUGAAGUUUUCCCACUUCCAAGCGUUAUUUAAAUUAUAAUAUUUGCAUCGUCGUCCUUAUCCAUGACAUUCUAUUACAUGGUUCACCUGAAGUCACUUGCAACGUUUCAUUCGAGUUACCGGUACUGUACUUUUUACAAUUCAGUUGAAGCCAAGUUGAGUUAUGUUUUCAUGUCAGGAGUCAGCCUAACUUGCCCAGAUUCAUUGUACUGCGAUUAUCAUAAAACAAAUCACCAUUUGCAAUCCUGUAAGCCACUUAUUGUAUUACGUUUUUGCCAAUCAUAAUCGUCAUUGCUGUUUUUAUUGUUGUUGUUGUUGCUGCUGUUGUUGUUGCUGCUGCUGUUGUUGUUGUUGUUGUUG